AACCCCCGCCGCUACUCAAAACCCCACCCGGCCCGCACCUUCGUCUCCGCCUCCGCCUCGCCGCCUCGUCGUCUUCCCUCUCCCUCCCUCCUAUAUAUCCCAUCAUCUCCUCUCCCUCCUCGCUGCCCCCCCACCCCACUCGCCGCUACUCCGACGACGACAUGGACAUGGAUAGCACGGACAUGAGCGGCAGCUUCGGCGCCGGAUGCCGCGACGACCCCAGCGCUGCUGCCGGGCGCCUCCCGGCGAGGCGGCGGAAGGUGCGCGCCGCCAACUUCUUCGGCCCCCGCCUGCUCAACCUCGCUAGGGUUAAGCGCGAGCACGGCCUCUACGACGACGGCAUCUACAGCCAGUGCUCCACGUACCGCGCCGCCGCCGCCGACCCCUUCGACUACGGCGGUGAGCGCUGCCCGUAUCGCAAGGUUUCGAUCUUGCCGGUCAAGCGCAGCCACACGGCUUCCACGUCGGCCGCCGCCGCCGCCGCCGCCGCCGCCGCCAGUCCGACGCGCUACGCUUCUCCGGACGCAACGAGGGUGGACCCGGUCGUCUCCGCCGCGCCCGCGGCCUCUGCGGCCGCUACGCCGCCCGACGCGGCUCCGGCCGCAGGGACUGCACCCCCGGCUGCCGCCGCCGCCCCUGACUCCGCUCCCACAAUUUUCAUCGUGCCGCCUGAAGUGGGGCGACCUGCACCGGCGGCCACGAACGUUGUGCCCAGGGCGUCCCCGUACCAGCGUUUGUCCGCGCACCGCUCUAGCAUCUCGUCGACGAAAGGUAUGAUGUGGGCCGGCGGCCUGUCAGGAGGAUCUGGGUCCGUCGUCUCCGCUCCAAAGGCAGCGGCUUUGGGGAUGUACUGCCGGGACAUGACAGCCAAGGCAAGCAAGAUGGAUCCGGUGAUUGGCCGGGAUGAUGAGAUUGACCGCAUCGUCUGCAUCCUUUGCCGGCGGACCAAGAACAGCGCCAUGCUUGUCGGUGCUCCCGGGGUUGGCAAGACGGCCAUCGCCGAGGGGCUCGCUCAGCGCAUUGUUGCGGGGGCUGUGCCCGCUGCUCUCGCUGGGGCGCGUGUUGUGGAGGUCGACCUUGGCGCAAUGGUUGCAGGGACCAGGUACCGCGGCAUGUUCGAGGAGCGCAUCAAGAAGGUGAUUGAGGAGGCAGAGGCCGCCGACGGCAAGGUUGUGCUGUUCAUCGAUGAGGUGCACAUGCUGCUCGGUGCCGGGCAGUGCAAGGGUGGUUCCAUGGACGGUGCCAAUCUGCUGAAGCCAGCUCUGGCGCGUGGCCGCAUCCGCUGUGUCGGCGCCACAACGUUCGACGAACACCGCAAGUAUGUUGAGAAGGAUGCUGCGUUUGAGCGGCGGUUCCAGAAGGUUUACGUCCAAGAACCGAGCAUGCUGGCGACGAUUGCCAUUCUCCAGGGCCUCAAAGAGAAAUAUGAAGAGCACCAUGGCACCAAAAUUCAGGACACAGCCAUAGCAGCAGCUGCCCGGCUUGCCAAUCGCUACAUCACAGGUCGUCAAUUUCCCGAUAAGGCCAUUGAUCUUAUUGAUGAAGCAUGUGCCACCGCAAGGAUGCAAACUGAUAACAUAUUGAAAGGAAGCAACACACAGCAUGUCUCUGAAAAUUCCACAAAGGAAGCUAUUGUUUCCCCAGGUCAAGUUGCAGAGGUUGUGAGUCGGUGGACUGGCAUUCCCGUGAAUACGCUUGACCAGGAUGAGAAGGAAAAGUUAAUGUGCCUUGCAGAUAGAUUGCGUGAACGAGUUGUAGGCCAGGAAGCAGCAGUCAACUUGGUUGCCCAAGCAGUGUUAAGAUCAAGGGCUGGGCUGGAUCAACCUGGCCAACCAAUCGGCUCUUUUCUUUUCUUGGGCUCAACUGGUGUUGGGAAGACAGAACUUGCAAAGGCUCUUGCAGAACAGCUGUUUGACAGUGAGAAGAUGUUGAUCCGGUUUGACAUGACUGAAUUUGUUGGUAGUCACUCAGUACUACGUCUCAUUGGAGCACCUCCCAGCUAUCAUGGGCAUGAAGAUGGAGGACAGCUAACAGAGAAAGUCAGGCAGCGGCCAUACAGUGUCAUCCUUUUUGAUGAAAUUGAGAAGGCUAACCCAGCAGUGCUCAAUGUUUUCCUCCAGCUCCUUGAUGAUGGUGUGUUGACCGAUGGUAAAGGCAGGACCGUUGAUUUUAAGAAUACCAUCAUCAUUAUGACUUCAAAUCUUGGAGCUGAGUACCUAAUGGAAGCAAUGGCUGGUGAAAAAUCGAUGGAGGCUUCACGGGACUUUGUGGUUGAGCAGCAGGCCCAGAAACAUUUCAGGCCUGAGUUCCUGAACAGGCUGAGUGAGCUUGUGAUAUUUGAGCCAUUGUCUCAAGAUAAACUGAGGGAGGUUGCUAAGGUCCAGAUGAAAGGCAUCAUCGCUCGUGCUGCUGAUAAAGGCAUCACUCUAUCUGCAAGCGAUGCUGCGUUGGAUGUUGUCUUGUCAGAAUCACACAACCCACUUUAUGGUGCAAGGCCCAUCAGGAGGUGGUUGCAAAAGAAUGUGAUGACAAAGCUCUCCGAGAUGCUUUUUAGAGGAGAAAUAGAUGUAGAUACUACCGUCAUCAUCGAGGCUUCUGAAGAUAAGAAAGAACUGAAGUAUGAAGUGGUGAAGGACAUGUCUGAACGCCAGGCUCGUCGUCGAGACAAGAGGCCUCUUGUGGAGACUCCUUGCGGCUCUGAGAGUGACGACGACGUUAAGAUAAUUGCUCCCUUCGUAAAGAAAUGAAGGGGAUAGCCACAACAUCACCCCCCGAGAAGUGAUCUCAGCCUUCUACUUGUUAAUGAGACGGUGGAUCUGCAAAGCAAGCAGUCUUUUGGUGUCCGAACACGCUAGGCAGGUGUAACUGAAGAUGGUCGUCUGUAACGUUUACCGUCUACCGUACCAGAGGACAGGUCAUGUGCCUUUUGCUGUCUGUUGAACUAUGAAGAUGUUACCUUUUUUAUGUUGCACGACUAUAAUGAACCAGUGGAACUUCCGUGCUUGUUUGCUUAUUGUUUAA